AUGGGGGGCAAAUCCGGCACAAAAGCUGUCUACUUCGACAAGCUGAAGGGCUUGCUCGACGAGUACAAGUCGAUCUUCAUCGUCAGCGUUGACAAUGUUUCCUCCCAGCAAAUGCACGAGAUUCGAAGCUCUCUCCGAGGUGAUGCUGUUGUCUUGAUGGGAAAGAACACUAUGGUUCGACGAGCUCUCAAGGGUUUCAUUACCGAUUCUCCAGAAUACGAGCGUCUCCUACCUCACGUGAAGGGCAAUGUCGGUUUCAUCUUCACCAAUGGCGAGCUUAAGGAGAUUCGAGACAAGAUCCUUGCCAACAAGGUCGCUGCUCCGGCCCGUGCUGGUGCUGUCGCUCCUGGUGAUGUCUACGUUCCAGCUGGCAACACUGGUAUGGAACCUGGCAAGACCUCUUUCUUCCAGGCACUUGGUGUCCCAACCAAGAUUGCUCGUGGUACUAUCGAAAUCACAACCGAUCUCAAGCUUGUCGAGGCUGGCGCAAAGGUCGGCGCUUCCGAGGCCACUCUGCUGAACAUGUUGAACAUUUCUCCUUUUACCUACGGCAUGAAGGUCGUCCAGGUCUAUGAGGAGGGCAACACAUUCAGCCCCGAUGUCCUUGAUAUUGAGGAGUCGCAAUUGCUAAAGGCAUUGACCUCCGCUAUUGCCACUAUAACCACUAUCUCCCUAGCCGCCAAUUAUCCAACUCUCCCAUCCGUCAUCCACAGCGUUGUCAACAGUUACAAGAAGCUCAUCUCUGCUGCCAUCCCUAUCGACUACGAAUGGGACGCUAUUCACGAGCUCAAGGACCGCAUCGCAAACCCCGACGCCUAUGCUUCCGCUGCUCCAGCUGCCGCAGCUGCAGACGAUGCCGCACCAGCUGAGGCUGCCAAGGAGGAAGAGAAGGAAGAGGAGAAGGAGGAGUCCGAGGACGAAGGUUUCGGUGGUCUCUUCGACUAA